AUGUGUAUAUAGCUGUCUUCUGACAUUGUGGGAAUAGAUUCUGAUAGCUAAAAAUGCUUAUUUGAUAGAGUUACAGUCAAAAAAGUGAAUAAAUGUUUUGAUAUAGAAAAAAAUGGAAAAAGUAGUGUCUGCAAAAAUAAAUAAAAUACUAUGUGUGUAACAAUAACAGAAGAAAUUUAAGAUUAAUAUAUAGGGAUAUAUAAAGAUGCUUAAAUGAAUUUGAUUUGCAUAGAAAAACAAGAUAUUGGUGAUUAAUUGAAAAUAGACUCUCCUCUAAUUCUAAUCAAUUUAAAAUUCGAGUAUUGCCUGAAAGAUGACUUUUCAUUAGAUGAAUUUUAUUAAAAGCCAAACAGUAUGAAAUGUAGCUGCAAAUAUUAAUUUUGUCUAUCUAACGACAUUUGCAUACCUAUGGAUUCUAAUUAAAAUGCGGCAAGAGACAUUAAUUAAAAUUGUGCAUAACUUAAUUAAGAAGGGUAAAUUUAAUCUUGCUUUAUAGACAAAAGUAUUUGUCUACUAAAAAACUCUAUCACAUAAAUAAACAAAUGCACAACUUAUGAGUCUAAAGAUGAAGUAAUUGGUGUAGCGUUUAUUAAUAAAACUAAUGAGUGCAUCUUCAAAGACAAAUAUGCAGACUUAAUUAUCAAUAACAAUUUAGUUUUUUUGAAAAGCUCUUAUUGCCUUUUUGAGUCUUCUCAUAUCCUAAAAGUUGGGGAUUUAAAUAAUAAGAUCAUCGGAAGAACUUAAUAGCAUUUGUGUGCUUAAGAAAAUUAAGUAUUUUCUGAAGAUGAUAAUUUAAUUGAAAUGUGUAUUUUUGGAUUUUGUAUUUCAAAAUAUUCUUGUGUUGAAAUGGAUGAUUUUCAAAAUAUUUCUAAAAAACCUGAUAAUUCAUGCUCAACUAACUCAGAAACUGAUUUUAUAGAGUGUUUUUACUCUCCAGAAGAAAAUUCUACAUGCAUUUUAGAGGAUAAUGGCCAGAGAUCUUGUGAAUUGAUGACAAUAGAAAAUUCAAAAACUUUUGGUGCUAUUUAUAAACAAAAAAACAUCCAAACAGGAAUUUGUAUUUCUUAGGAUGUACGUAUUCCUAAAUAGACUUUAGAUAGCUAAAAUUAAAAAUUAACAUGCUCUAAUGGUUCGUGCAUUUUAUAAACUGUAGAAAAAAAGUGUCAUGAUAAAAUUUUGAGGAUUUUAAAAGAUGGAGAUGGUGGUGGUAGUGGUAAUACUGACGUAUAUUAUGUCUAAUGUACCAAAAUAACAUAUACAGGAAUAACUUCUACUCAAGACGAUGAUGGCUAUUGUCAGCCAAGCUUUCCUUCAAAAAAAUGCCGCAAGGCUAAAUAAUGUUUAAUGAAUGGCGUUUGUGUUGAUAUGUCUUAAGAUAUAUCUCUACCUAACUUUGCCAAAGAACUGAUAACUACUUCUUGUCUCCCUUAUUAAAAAUAUUUUUACUGA